UUACGCGGGAAGCAGCGACGCCGCCACGGGAAAACGGAAAUACUUAUCAAUUGAAACGAGAGAUUAAUAGCAGCGCAAUGGUUGAACGCAUCGAGGACCUCAAUCUGCCGAACUCCGUGAUCGCCCGGCUCAUCAAGGAGGCGCUGCCGGAGUCGGCCAGCGUCAGCAAGGAGGCGCGCGGCGCGAUCGCCCGGGCAGCAUCCGUGUUUGCCAUCUUUGUGACCUCUUCGUCGACGGCCCUGGCCCACAAGCAGAAUCACAAGACCAUCACGGCCAAGGACAUCCUGCAGACCCUCACCGAGCUGGACUUCGAGAGCUUCGUGCCCUCGCUGACGCAGGAUCUGGACGUCUAUCGCAAAAUGGUCAAGGAUAAAAAGGAGAGCAAGGCCAGCAAGAAGGACACGAGCAGCUCCGAGAAUGCCAACGCCAGCAGCACGGCAGCCGCCGAGGAAGCGACCGAGUGAUCGCAAGAGAUCCUAACUAACUGAUCCGGAAGCAUUGUCAUCUUUAGUCCUUAAGCGCAAAACUAGUAUUAGGCAUUCAUCUAUUGAACAUUAAAUAUAAUCAGUAUCAGAGUUA